AUGUUUAGACCACCUUGUCCUUCGGAGAAAUGUGAACCACGCCCCCCUAUUGUCGCUGUCCUGGGUCAUGAGGACCACGGGAAAACAACUUUGUUAGAUGCUUUACGUUCCAGUAGAGUUGUUGACGAAGAAUUUGGAGGUAUAACUCAACAUCUUGGCGCAUUUACAGUAUCUUUGUCAUCUGUUGAACGCAAUGCUGGAUUUACAGAUCCGAAUCCCGUGUCAUUUUCCAGAAGCAUCACUUUUCUAGAUACACCAGGCCAUGCAGCAUUUUCUGGUAUUCGCUUUCGGAGUGCAAAAGCAACUGAUAUUAUGCUUUUGGUAGUCGCUGCUGAUGAUGGUGUUAAACCUCAAACUGUUGAGGCAAUUCGUUACGCAAAAGAAACAAACAAAAGAACAGAUGGUUUUGCUAGUUCUUGUCGAUAA